AUGUCGACUACCAAAGUUGUUUCCACUUGUGGACCCAAUGUUCUAUCAUCUCACUCACAAGAAACAGACCAGAUUGCCCCUUGCACACAUGAAGAGGCAGAUACAAGGAAGCUACUCCAUGUGGUGGAUGCUGCAAGAAAAGUAUUUAAAAAGAUCACCCGGUGGACUGUGGACGCAUAUGUUGUGGUCCUAGCUAUUGUGCAUGUGUCAGAGCUGGACAUUGAGGAGCUGUGGGUGGCAUUUGGGACUGGCAAGAACUUCAGAUACAUACCUGCCCAUGAGAUUGCCAAGUCUCUGGGUCCUGACAAAUCCAAGACCCUUCCUGUGUUCCAUGCUUUCACUGGCUGUGACACAGUAUCUGCAUUUGCAACCAGGGGCAAGAAGACAGCAUGGGAUACCUGGAAUGCCGAUGACAUGGCAACAGAGGCCUUCAUGGCUUUGUCAAAGCAGCACCUCAAAAGAGCAGUGUACCAAGGAGGACACUGUUGGGGACAAGCACUUGAGGGGGCACCAAAUAUGCCAUCUCCAACAGACUGGGCAAGGGAAGAGAAUGUGGCCACUUUCCGAGGCUCAGAGUACUUCUGCUACGACCUCUCCCAGAACCCCAUCCAGAGCAGCAGCGACGAGAUCACACUCUCCUUCAAGACAUGGCAGCGCAACGGCCUAAUCCUUCACACCGGCAAGUCAGCCGACUACGUCAACCUGGCACUGAAGGACGGCGCUGUCUCCCUUGUAAUUAACCUGGGCUCUGGAGCCUUUGAGGCCAUUGUUGAGCCAGUCAAUGGGAAGUUCAAUGACAACUCAUGGCAUGAUGUCAAAGUGACCCGCAACCUCCGGCAGGUUACAAUAUCAGUGGAUGGGAUUCUGACCACUACGGGUUACACCCAGGAAGACUACACUAUGUUGGGCUCUGAUGACUUCUUCUACGUGGGUGGAAGCCCCAGCACCGCUGACCUGCCUGGAUCUCCAGUCAGCAACAACUUCAUGGGCUGUCUCAAGGAGGUGGUGUAUAAGAACAAUGACAUCCGUCUUGAAUUGUCCCGCCUUGCUCGAAUUGUGGACCCUAAGAUGAAAAUCCAAGGUGAAGUGUCCUACAAGUGUGAGAAUGUGGCCACCUUGGACCCCAUUUCUUUCGAGACUCCAGAGGCCUACAUCAGCUUGCCCAAGUGGAACACAAAGCGGAUGGGAUCCAUUUCCUUUGAUUUCCGCACUACCGAGCCCAAUGGCCUCAUCCUCUUCACCCAUGGCAAACCCCAGGAGCGCAAAGAUGCUGCCCGUAGCCAGAAGAACACCAAGGUGGAUUUCUUUGCAGUAGAGCUGCUGGAUGGCAGUCUGUACCUGCUGUUGGACAUGGGCUCAGGGACUAUCAAGGUGAAGGCCACCCAGACAAAGGUCAAUGAUGGUGCCUGGUAUCAUGUGGACAUCCAGAGAGAUGGACGCUCAGGCACCAUCUCUGUGAACAGCAGAAGGACCCCAUUCACAGCCAGUGGUGAGAGUGAGAUCCUGGACCUGGAAGGCGACAUGUAUUUGGGGGGGCUUCCCACUGACCGUACCAACCUCAUCCUGCCUACUGAGCUCUGGACAGCGAUGCUCAACUACGGCUACGUGGGCUGUAUCCGUGACCUUUUCAUUGACGGUCGAAGCAAGGACAUCCGUCAGAUUGCUGAGGCACAAAAUGGCGCUGGCAUCAAACCCUCAUGUAACAAGCAACCUGGCAAGCAGUGUGAGAGCUACCCAUGCAAGAACCGAGGUGUCUGCAAAGAAGGCUGGAAUCGAUUCAUCUGUGACUGCACUGGCACUGGCUUCUGGUCACGCACCUGUGAGAGAGAGGCUUCCAUCCUCUCCUAUGAUGGCAGCAUGUAUAUGAAGGUGGUGAUGCCGACCAUUAUGCACACUGAGGCUGAGGACGUCUCCCUGCGUUUUCGCUCCCAGCGGGCUUAUGGCCUCCUCAUGGCCACCACCUCCCGAGACUCAGCUGACACGCUCAGGCUGGAGUUGGAUGGGGGUCGUGUCAAACUCACGGUCAACCUAGGCAAGGGACCGGAGACGCUGUAUGCUGGGCAAAAGCUCAAUGAUAAUGAAUGGCAUACAGUGCGUGUGGUGCGUCGUGGCAAAACCUACAAGCUAACAGUUGACGAUGAUGUAGCAGAAGGCCAAAUGGUGGGCGACCACACUCGUCUGGAGUUCCACAGCAUCGAAACAGGCAUCAUGACAGACCGCCGAUUUGUUUCCAGUAUCCCAUCCAGCUUCAUUGGUCAUCUGCAGAGCCUCAGAUUUAAUGGCAUGCUCUACAUCGACCUUUGCAAGAAUGGUGACAUUGAUUAUUGUGAGCUCAACGCCCGCUUUGGGAUUCGUUCCAUUAUUGCUGACCCAGUCACCUUCAAAUCCAAGAGCAGCUAUCUGAGCCUGGCAACCCUACAGGCCUACACAUCCAUGCACCUCUUCUUCCAAUUCAAGACCACCUCCCCAGACGGCUUCAUACUCUUCAACUCUGGAGAUGGAAAUGAUUUUAUCGCUGUAGAACUGGUUAAGGGAUACAUCCACUAUGUUUUUGACCUUGGAAAUGGGCCCAACCUCAUCAAGGGUAAAAGUGAAAGGGCACUAAAUGACAACCAGUGGCACAAUGUGGCAAUCACCCGAGACAACAGCAACACCCACACACUGAAAGUAGAUGCUACAGCCACUAGUCAGAGUAUCAAUGGAGCCAAGAACCUGGACCUGAAAGGUGAUCUGUUCAUCGCAGGACUGGGUCCAGGCAUGUAUGGCAACCUGCCUAAACUGGUGGCUUCCAGAGAAGGCUUCCAGGGCUGCUUGGCGUCCAUGGAUCUCAAUGGUCGCCUGCCAGAUCUCCUUAGUGACGCCUUGUUUCGCAGCGGGCAGAUUGAACGUGGAUGCGAAGGUACUCCGUCCCUCAAAUCCAAGCCUGAUUUAGACUACUACAACACAAACUUCAACUCCAGCUCCAGCAGCCCAUUCUUCCUGCUCAAUGCAAACAGUCCCAGUACCACCUGUCAGGAGGACUCCUGCGCCAACAUGGGUAUUUGUAUCCAGCAGUGGGAGAACUACACCUGCGACUGCUCCAUGACCUCCUACACCGGCACACAGUGCAAUGACCGUGAGUGCUGA